CGCGUUGUAAGCUGUAUCGUGUCCGAUUACUUACCCCGGCCGAUUCGCUCAAUAAAAGCUGUAGCGCGCGUGCUGUUUGAGUAGCUAGGAUCGGGUGAGGAGAGCAGCGCCGCGCCGCGCCGCGCCGCGGUGAGAACGAAAUGGGGACCGCCGCCGGCGUGCCCGCGGCGAUUCAAAAGAUGGAGGCUGGUAGUCGCGUGACCCCAUGCAACGUCGAGACGUUGGAUCUCAAGUCCGCGGUGUCGGCCAUGUCCGACGUUCCAAUGGCGAAGCUUACGAUGCAGGCGGAGACGGACGACGAGGUGUUCCUCCUGUGGGAGCCCGGAUACAAACCAGCAGCAGCACCGCCAUCACCCAACAUCCUCUCGGCGCGGUACAAGGGACACGACGCGGACGCCCGAGGCCGCGUCGACUGCCAGUUCGUCGACUUCGACCUGGAGGAGGAGUCGCCUCUGCAGCCCGGCCGCCACACGGACGCCCUGGCGCCGUCGCUCCACUGCUCGGCCAACGUGCUCUCCGUCAAGGUUGCCAGCUCCGGCGCGGCAGGUUUCCCUCUCAGCCUCUACGGGUCUAUCCUCGUCAAGGACGCCCUGGACAACGACGGGAUUUGCCUCUUCCGACGUGAACGCGACGACCCCCAGAUCAUCACCUCACAGGAUGAAUCAUUGCUGCUGACAGGUCCAACUCGAGGCCUUGUGGCUUUUGAUUACCUUGACUUCGAGGUCGACCUCAAGCUCAAGACACGGCUCGUGGAGGACGACGUGGAUUUCAGCCGAGGGACCAUAAUGCACAACUGUAUCUUCGACAAGUCCCCCUCCAUCUCCAACAAGCUGGAAUCCCCUCACAGCAUUCUCGAGUUGAACUACGCGCCGGUGCGGAGGGCGCUCGAGUCCACCGUCGAGGUCAAGAUACUCAAGGACUCUACUCAAGAGGAAGAUGAUGGGAAUAAUAUGGAUGCUUUUGUUGGCGGAUUGUAUGGGAAAAUCUCGGCGCGCAACUCCGGCCUCUCGGAGGAGAUUGUGCUCUUCGACAGCGGGGCAUCCGGUGUUGCGAUCGCACUUGGGGACGACGGUGUGCUCAAGCUUUCACGUUGUGUGGUGGCCGUGCCUGUGCGGGAUUCGCUAGUGGUCACGGUCGAGACAUGGGCUGGUUGCGGUGGCGACGAUUUGCAAGAAGCAACCAUGAAGUCGUCCUUCACAUUCAUGCCUCUUCUCUGCGGCGAAGGACGUGCGAUCGUUCCCUGCGCUCGCCACACCAUGCAGAUCAGGGUUUUCUGGUCGGCCUUAUACAUUCCAUUCGUUGAUCCUUAGGUGUGAGCAGCUAUCAGGCAUGAUGAGGAUAGUCAUAGAUGGGGAUAUGAACCCUUUGGUAUGCAAUCAUGCUA